AUGGCCACUACCAAGCAGACGGCCUCUGACAGUCCGGCAGCGGCUAAGAUCUCGGGCUUCGCGCUCCCUCUGACGUACCGACUCUUUUUCCUGCUCAUCGAACCCCUUGCGACACUGGCGGGCGCCUACUACGCCUUCUUCGACCAGCAGACCUACCUCGAUCUCACUCAUGCCGCCUCUGCUCCUUCGCCCGUUCCGCUGGGCACCUCAAUCGCCAUGUCGCAGCUGGCCAACCUCUACUUUGCGUUUGCUCUCAGUGAGGCACUCAUUCUGCGGUCGACUUCUGACCUGCGCGUCUGGAAGGUCAUGCUCUUCUGUUUGCUUAUCGCAGACUUCGGCCACCUCUACACUGUCAGAGUGCUGGGGGCCAGGAUCUACUGGUGCGUCUUCGAGUGGAAUGCCAUCGACUGGGGCAACAUUGGCUAUGUGUAUUUCGCGGCAUCGAUGCGGAUUGCCUUUCUGGCAGGUGUUGGACUCGACCGCAAAGGCAAGCAACAGAAGAAAGCUGCUUGA